AUGGACGAGACUGGACUGUUUUAUCGGGCUCUACCCGACAAAACAUUACGUGUACGGGGUGAAGAAUGCAAAGGUGGCAAAAAAUCCAAAGAUCGAAUAACUGUAGCCUUGUGUGUAAAUAUGGAAGGUCACUUCGACAAGCCACUUGUGAUUGGAAAGGCAGCUAAACCACGUUGUUUUUGGAACAUAAACGUUGCCCGUCUUCAAGUGACAUGGAAAUCGAACAAGAAAGCCUGGAUGACAGGAUUCCUGUUCACAGAAUGGAUAAAGGACUUUGAUAAACGCAUGAGACUAUCAAAACGUAAGGUUUUACUUCUUCUUGAUAAUGCCACUUCACAUGCCAGUACAAAAUUAACAAACGUGAAAGUCGUGUUUCUUCCUGACAAUACAACGUCGAAAUUGCAGCCACUAGACCAAGGCAUUAUCCAGGCUAUGAAGAUGGGUUAUAGAAAACGGCUUCUCAGAUCAGUAAUAGCUCGACUGGACAGUGAAGAAAAUGUCAGCUCAGCCGAUGUUGCAAAAAGUGUCUCUGUGUUGGAUGCUGUACAGUGGUUGAAAGCUGCAGUUAAAGAUGUGAGAACGGAAACUGUGAAGCGAUGUUUUGCAAAGGCUGGUAUUCGCAGUGCUGCCACGCCAACAAAUGAAGAUGAUGAUCCCGAUGAUGAUGUGCCCCUAAGUGAACUUCGUGAGGUAGUUGUCAUGGCAAAUGGUAGACUUGAGAUAGAUGAUCCCAUGAGUGUUGAGGAAUAUUCAAACAUGGACUUUGAUUUGCCCGUUUGUGAGAAUUUAGAAGAAGACUGGGAGGAUACACUGGUGCACAGAAUCAAUGGAAAGGAAAGUGAGGAAAAUGUGGAACCAUCUGUAAAUGACAGCGACGAUGACGACAAAACUGAGGAGCGUAGCUUGAUUACCAGCCACCAAGAUGCGCUUAAGUGGCUAAGAGAGAUUAGUAUGUUCUGUUUGACAAAAGAGAUUGAUGGUGUCCCAGAAUUGAUGCAGAAAGCACAAGAGGAACUUGAAACUCGGGCUGUUCAUGUUAAGUGUUCAUCUAAGCAGUCAACAAUAGACGCGUUUUUCAACUAA